AUGGCGAAUCCUACUACCCAGGCCAACCUGGCAGCAUUAUCCGCCCAUUCGAUGAGCGACACGAACAUCACGAGCCACAUCGCAUCGCGUUUCCACAGCCAUUUGCCCAUCACGAAUCUGUCCUCGCAGGGCUACAUCUCUGUGAAUACAUACACCUCUUCGUCAAAGGGACCCCAUGGCACCAAAGAAGGCAGCGCAAUGGGUGCUGCAGAAGAGCUUGCGGCUCGUAUGUGGGACCGAUUAGGGAAACGACAGGAGAAUCAGGCAGCGGUGUUUCUUGGCGAAACCGGCACGGGAAAGACGACCAUUCGAUCGCAUCUCCUCUCGUCCAUCCUCCAGUACACUUCAACGCCAUUUUCGAAGAAGCUGUCUUUCGCAGCGUUCGUCUUCGAUUCACUCACCACCACGAAAUCUGUCACCACCACGACCGCUUCGAAAGCCGGUCUGUUCUUCGAGCUGCAGUAUGACACCGCCAAUACCCUGCACCCAGAACUGGUCGGUGGCAAAGUCUUGGAUCACAGAUUGGAGCGAAGCCGUGUGGCGACUGUCCCAGCGGGUGAGCGCAACUUUCAUAUUCUAUACUACUUGCUAGCAGGCACAUCACCGGCCGAGAAAGAGCAUUUGGGUCUGGAAUUGGGCAGCAGCAUAGCACAUGGUGCGGGCAACCGCAAGUCUCUGGCAGGUGGUCAGAAAAGGUGGCGCUAUCUUGGUCACCCUUCACAAAUGAAAGUGGGCAUCAACGAUGCAGAAGGAUUCCAGCACUUCAAGACAGCACUUCGGAAGCUGGAGUUUCCACGCGAAGAGGUCGCACACCUGUGCGAAGUCCUUGCUGCAAUUCUGCACAUCGGCCAGCUUGAAUUCACGACCUCGCAAAGUACUACACCAGCGCCAGAUGAGAGUGGAGGCUAUGGCGCCGAAGGUGGCGAGGAAAUCACAGUCGUCAAGAAUAAAGACGUGCUUGCUGUUGUUGCGGCCUUCCUCGGAGUCAGUGCACAGCAUUUGGAGCAGAUUCUCGGAUACCGCACGAAGAUCUUGCACCGUGAGCGUGUCACGAUCAUGCUCGACCCCAAGGGCGCUCGCGACAACGCAGAUGAGCUCGCACGAACACUUUACAGCUUGAUGGUUGCUCUGAUUAUGGAGAAGGUGAACCAAAAGCUUUGUGCGCCAGAAGACGCCAUCUCGAACACAAUAUCUAUGGUCGACUUCCCAGGCUUCGCCCAAGUAUCCUCCACUGGAAGCGUGCUGGAUCAGCUUUUGAAUAACGCUGCUACAGAGUCGUUUUAUAACUUUUGCUUGCAAAACUUCUUUGAGAGGAAAGCGGAUCUUCUCGAGACGGAGGAAGUGCAGGUUCCAGCCACAAGCUACUUUGACAACAGCGAUGCCGUCAGGGGUCUUCUCAAGCCUGGAAACGGCCUUCUCAGCAUUCUCGACGAUCAGAUGAAGCGUGGAAAGACUGACAUGCAAUUCUUGGAAUCACUGCGAAAGCGCUUCGAGAAGAAGAAUCCAGCCAUCGAAGUCAGCCCGGCUACAGUCAUGGAGCCGGGCAACAACUUCGCCAUACCCAACAGCCACGCAACCUUCACUGUCAAGCAUUUCGCUGGCGAGGUCGAUUAUGCUGUGGAGGGUCUGCUUGAAGAGAAUGGGGAGGUCGUCUCCGGCGAUCUUAUGAAUCUGGUCAACACCUCGACUUCUCCAUUCAUUUCGGAGCUUUUCGGUCAGGAAGCAUUGAACAAGGUUCUGCAUCCACAGGACCGCAAUGCUGUGACUCAGGCUUCGGUUGCUUCGAAGCCAUCACGUAUGCCCAGCAUGGCACGUCGGAGGGGGUCUCGGCCACAAUUGGGCUCCAGGAAGCAAGAUCUCGACAAUAGCAGCGAAGAGGGCGGCCGCAGUGUCUCGCGGAUCAACAAACACUCAGAUCCUCAGCAAGGUGCUGCAGCGCAGUUCUUGUCAUCGAUUGACAACAUCAGCAAGUCCCUUACCGCGCCCAACACCAACUCCUACUUCUUCUUCUGCUUGAAGCCAAACGACAGACGGAUCGCAAACCAGUUCGACAGCAAGUGUGUACGCACUCAAAUCCAGACCCUCGGCAUUGCAGAGAUCGCACAGCGGCUUAAGAACGCCGACUUCAGUAUCUUCAUGCCAUUUGGCGAGUUCCUGGGCACUGCCGAAGGCGAAGUGUCUGUCGUUGGCAGUGAGAGAGAAAAGGCAGAAAUGAUUCUGGACGAGAAGAGCUGGCCUAGCCACGAGGCCCGAGUUGGCAGCACUGGCGUGUUCCUGAGUGAACGCUGCUGGCGGCAAAUAAUACGUGCCGGCGACCUGGGUGGACCUCCAAAUUAUGCUGAUGAGUCGUACGGCAACUCGGGCAUGCUCACUCCAGCAGAUGCAGCAAAGGGUGGCUUUGGACAAUCGCACGUCAAUCUGCUCCAGACCCCGGGCCCAGGGUACUACGACGAUAAAGCGGCUGGGUACUUUGGCAGCCGAGACCUUGACUCCAAGAGUGACGCUGGUGCUUCUGCUUUACGCGAAGGCGACAUGUUCCGCAACCUGGAGACUCGCGAGCAGAUGGCGGAAAAGGGCAACGGAGCCCAGAUGGCCGAGAUUGAAGUGAAGCCGAGUUCAAAAAGUCGAAUACGAUGGAUAAUUAUGGUUCAUUUCUUCACCUGGUUUAUACCCGAUUGGACUAUCAAGCUGGUCGGCGGCAAGAGCAUGGGCCGAAAGGACAUCCGUGUGGCCUGGAGGGAGAAGCUGGCUAUCAACAUGAUGAUCUGGUUAUCCUGUUUGUUCGUCGUAUUCUUCAUGGUCGGCUUCCCACGGAUCAUCUGCCCAACGCAGCACGUCUACAGUCUGGAGGAGCUCACGACUUACAACGGCAAAGACGGCUCAAAGGGUUCUUACGUUGCCAUCCGUGGUGUUGUCUUCAAUCUGGAAGCUUUCAUGCCCGCUCAUUACCCGAACAUUGUUCCCGACUCGGCUCUGAAGAAGUACGCCGGCACAGACGCCACGAACCUAUUCCCAAUUCAAGUCUCGGCCAUGUGCCAGGGCACGAACGAGACGGGAAUCGAUCCUGCUGUGCAGCUCAACUACCAGAACUACAACUGGACGGGACAGAACGCCGUUAGCACCACGGACACCAAUGCGCAAUACCACGACUUCCGAUGGGCAACCAACGAUUCUCGUCCAGCUUGGUUUGUUGAGCAAAUGAUCUACUUGUCUGGCAACUACUGGAAGGGCAAUGUCGGAUACUCGCCAGAAUAUCUGAAGACUCUGAAAGACAAGAAUAACUACGUCGCCUACAUCGACGGCCGUGUUUACGACAUGACUGAGUACGUUGCUGGUGGCAGGCAGCCACAGUACCCACCAGGAUCGGACAGACCAGAUGUUGUUACGAACUCGAACUUCAUGGACGAGAGAGUCGUUGACUUGUUCCAACAGCGCUCUGGACAAGACGUGACCAAGUACUGGGAAGCCCUCAACAUCGACCCAGCACUUCGCCAGCGCAUGAAGGUCUGCUUGGACAACCUCUUCUACGUCGGCAACGUCGACACCCGAAACAGCCCCCAAUGUCAGUUUGCCAAGUACAUCCUACUUGCAAUCUCCUUGCUGCUCGUCUCGGUCAUUUGCUUCAAGUUCUUGGCCGCACUUCAGUUCGGCAAGAAGAAUGUCCCGGAGAAUCUCGAUAAGUUCGUGAUCUGUACCGUCCCCGCGUACACCGAAGACGAGGAUUCUUUGCGCCGUGCCAUCGAUUCUGCUGCCCGCAUGAAGUAUGACGACAAGCGCAAACUUCUGUUCAUCAUCUGUGAUGGUAUGAUUAUUGGUCAAGGCAACGAUCGGGCGACACCUCGCAUCGUUCUCGACAUUCUAGGCGUUCCCGCCUCAGUCGACCCCGAACCGCUCAGCUUCGAAUCACUUGGUGAAGGCCAGAAGCAACACAACAUGGGCAAGCUCUAUUCUGGUCUUUACGAAGUGCAGGGUCACAUCGUACCCUUCAUUGUGGUCGUCAAGGUUGGAAAGCCUUCCGAGGUCUCGAAACCUGGCAACCGUGGCAAGCGUGACUCCCAGAUGAUCCUCAUGCGUUUCCUCAACCGCGUGCACUACAACCUCCCCAUGACCCCUCUCGAACUUGAACUCCAUCACCAGAUCCGAAAUGUGAUAGGAGUCAACCCGACCUUUUACGAAUUCUUGCUGCAAAUCGAUGCCGACACGGUCGUUGCGCCCGAUUCUGCCACUCGAUUCGUAUCUGCAUUCGUCAACGACACUAAACUAAUCGCAGUGUGUGGUGAGACCGCCCUGACCAACGCCAAAGCCUCCAUGAUCACGAUGAUGCAGGUGUACGAAUACUACAUCUCGCACAAUCUUACCAAGGCCUUCGAAUCGCUCUUUGGAUCGGUCACAUGUUUGCCAGGCUGUUUCUCCAUGUACCGCAUUCGCGCUGCUGAGACUGGAAAGCCACUCUUCGUGUCCAAAGAGAUUGUCGAAGACUACUCCGAGAUUCGCGUCGACACGCUGCACAUGAAAAACUUGCUGCAUCUUGGAGAGGACAGAUAUCUGACGACUCUGCUUAUGAAGUACCACUCCAAGUACAAGACAAAGUACAUCAUGCGCGCUCAUGCCUGGACCAUCGCACCCGACAACUGGAGCGUCUUUAUGUCGCAGCGUCGCCGAUGGAUCAACAGUACCGUGCACAACCUGGUCGAGGUCAUUCCACUCCAGCAACUCUGCGGUUUCUGCUGCUUCAGUAUGAGAUUCGUCGUGUUCUUGGAUCUGCUGUCGACUAUCGUGCAACCCGUUAUCGUGGCUUACAUCAUAUACCUUAUUGUCGAAGUGGCUAGGAACCCGGACACGGUGCCAAUCACUGCCUUCAUUCUCCUGGGAGCUAUUUAUGGUCUACAGGCUAUCAUCUUCAUUGUUCGACGCAAAUGGGAGAUGGUCGGAUGGAUGAUCAUCUACAUGCUUGCAACGCCAGUCUUCUCAUUCUUUCUGCCGCUCAUGGCUUUCUGGAACAUGGACGACUUCUCCUGGGGUAACACCCGUGUGGUCACUGGUGAGAAGGGAGAGCAGGUGGUCGUCUCCGAUGAGGGCAAAUACGACCCAAACACGAUCCCGAAGAAGAGGUGGGAAGAGUACCAGGCCGAGCUCUGGGAUGCUCAGACUCAGCGCGACGACACCCGCUCGGAGAUUUCGGGUAUCAGCUACGCAACCAAGAGCUACCACCCAGCCGCUUCUAUCUAUGGCGAUGGGUACCAGCAGAGUCACCACAUGAGCCAGCUCACGGUGCCUCAGAUGCAGCAGUACGGCUCGCACAUGUCGUUGGCCGCUUCCGACAACGGCAUGAUGCGCAGCUAUUCUGGCGCGGACUUCGACAUGUCGGACAUGCCCAGUGACGAUGCCAUUCUUGCUGAGAUCAGAGAGAUCCUUAGAACAGCGGAUCUGAUGACCGUCACCAAGAAGAGCAUCAAGGCUGAGCUCGAGAGACGCUUUCAGGUCCCGAUGGACUCGAGGAGACAGUAUAUCGGUAGUGCCACUGAGGCUAUCUUGAGUGGACAGCUUUAG